AUGAAUUCACAACGUCGAAAAGAACUCUUCCUCGCCCGCGACGGAGAUCAGACCCUCCAGCCACAACUACCCUCAAAAGCCUUGAUGGUAGAGAAUGUGGUGCCGCAGGAGUACUCGGAGAAGGCUGCUGUAGCGGCGCACGCUGAUGCGCGAGAGCUCGUCCGCCUGGUCCAAUGCCCACAGUGUUCGAAGCCCUACAGCGCUCCCGUGACGCUGCCAUGCGGUCAUACCGUCUGCCGCGGCUGCCUUCCUAACCCUGUCGCCCGCACAAAUAUCUCCUAUCCGAACACGCCCGACCGACUCCUCGGCAUAUCCUGUCCGGUAUCAUCGUGCGAGGCCGAGCACGCCGCCGCCGAGUGCAGCGUAGAUGUGACUCUGACAAAGAUCAUGGAGUUGAUCAAGACUGAGGUCGCCAAGCAUCUGCCACUGGUGGAACACAUGUCUAUACGUCUGCAAGAGGUGUUGAAAUGGGAUGAUGCCCUAUCAAUGGAACAGGAGGAAAAGAUGGAAGCAAAGGGAAGUUCGAGAGUGCUUCAAGGCGGCCAGCUGCUCUCCACUUUCAUCAUGGCUGAGAUGGGUGAUCUGCGCUAUAGCUCCGAGGUUGAAUACGAAACGCUGUCAGAUACCCACGAAUACCAGGACUUCAACAAUGCAUUGCUGGAGCGCCUGCGAGACGCCACGCAGAAAGAGCUUGAUUGCCUUGUAUGUUAUAACAUGAUGCUGGACCCGACGACAACCUCGUGUGGUCACACCUUCUGCCGCCGCUGCCUCGUCCGUGUCAUGGACCACAGCAGCAUAUGUCCUGUGUGCCGACGGGGUUUGCACAUUCCUGCUUCGUUGCAGAACAAGCCCAGCAAUGUUCUGCUCAAUGCCCUUCUGAAUACUCUCUGUUCGGAUCUCGUCGAGGCCCGGACCAAGGCCGUCGAAGCGGAAGAGCAGAGCGCUGACGAUGACCUCAAUACUCCGCUUUUUGUGUGUACAUUGUCUCUUCCGACGAUGCCUACAUUUCUCCACGUUUUCGAACCUCGGUAUCGCUUGAUGAUGAGACGUUGUGCAGAAGGCAAUAGACAAUUUGGCAUGGUCAUGUACAAUCGCAACUCUGCGCCACAAGGUGACCUAGGGCCUACACAAUUUCUGGAGUAUGGUACUCUUCUUGAAAUUAUCAAUAUUGAGGUCAUGCGCGACGGACGGAGCUUCGUAGAAACACGGGGUGUCGGUCGCUUCAGGAUCCGCAGGCACGGUCUGCUUGACGGAUACCACAUCGCUCGAGUCGAACGAGUAGAGGAUCUCUCUCUGGCCGAAGAAGGUAUCCUGGAGCAAAGUGAGACUACUGUUGCAAAGGAUUUUGCAGCACGUCUUCAGCAGGAAUAUCCGCAAAUGCCCCUCCCUUUGGACAUCGCCGUGAACCAGCUCUCUACACAAGAGCUGCUGGAUAAUUGCAUGGCCUUUGUUCGCCAGAUGCGAGACGCCAGUGCCCCCUGGCUGAGCACACGCAUUGUUCAAGUAUACGGCGAACCACCCGAAGAUCCGGCUCUUUUCCCCUAUUGGUUCGCAUCAGUCGUUCCCAUUGCUGAGGAGGAAAAAUAUACAUUGUUACGAACAACGCGUGUCCGCGAACGUCUAAAGAUAGUGUUUUCGUGGAUCAGGAGGAUACGGGGUCAGAGAUGGUACGUACUGCCCCCAAAAAAGUCAACAACAGUCGGCUUUAGAGACGCAUGACUGCGUCAUCAAGAGCCGCAAGAGGAAAAGACAGGGCGGCUAGGUGACACUGUAUGCGUUGUACAAGGCUUGCAGCGCCAACAUUCUGCAGACUGAAGCCACUGCCAGAUAUCUCGCACUAGCCGCCUAGGUUAGCCUCAACCGACCAGUCUACCCCGUGUCUUUACAAAACCAUUGGACUAACGAGAUCUCACCCCAGGCCAUCCGGCAGCGCAUGCAAUAUUCUCUGACUAUUUAUCCUCACCGUUGCGAUUGCGUACCUCACGGAUUCGUACCGCAACUCAUAGAAUGCUGUAGCUUUGCUGCACAUUCCAGCUACC